AAUUGUCCAAUCCUUUAGCGUUGCGCACAGGAACAGAGCGGAACUUUGCCGCCGCGCGCUCUCUCUGGUGAAAGUUCACAAAUUGAAGACGAGUGGCGGGAGCUGUUGUCAGUGUACUGCUGCAGUGAAGACGUGGGUUUUUGUCAGUUUUUUUUUGUAGGCAUGGAUUUUAAAAGACGCAAUGGUGGCCCGUUUAAGGGUGGCGCGUCUCAGGCCAAACGGGGUAAAACAACCAGUGAAUGGGAAGACAGUCCAUCACAGUUUGAAGAGGAAUUGCUGAUGCUUGACGAAGCUGAGAUGGAGGCAGAGGAUAUGGAAGGACAGGCAGGCCACGACGUUAUUCCUGUUGGUGACCUCUUCUCAGCAAACCUUAACCCUCGAUGGCAACGACCUAAUGCCCCUUCACUGAAGCCGUCAUCUGAUACAUUGGUGUUUCAGCAGAUUGAUCUGGACUAUUAUUUAGAUUUUGCAGUGGCGGGCAUGCCGGGCCAAUCACAGGGAAAAGUCCCGAUCAUUCGUAUGUUUGGGGUGACCGACAGCGGCAACAGCGUUUGUUGUCAUGUCCAUGGUUUUGCACCUUACUUCUAUGUUCCUGCACCAAGUGGUUUCACGUCUGAUUACUUGGGUGAAUUUAAAAGAGAACUGAACUCUGCCGUGCUGAAGGACAUGCGCUCCAAUAAAGACAACAUCUCCAUCACAGUGUUGGCUGUGGACAUCACUCACAAAGAGAGCAUGUAUGGUUACCACGGUAAACGCAAUCUGGUUUUCUUGCGGAUUACCAUGGCGAUGCCUCGUCUCAUUGCCCCUGCUAAGAGGCUACUGGAGCAAGGCAUCAAAUUCGGACCUUUCCCCAUCCAGAGUUAUCAAUCCUUUGAGGCUAAUAUAGACUUUGAAAUCAGGUUUAUGGUAGACAGUGAUGUGGUGGGAUGCUGCUGGAUUGAACUUCCUAAAGGCAAAUACAGAGUGCGAGAGGAGAAGAGCAUGGGGGAAACAAAUUCCCGGUACCCAGGAAAGGUGUCCUUGUGUCAGUAUGAGGUGGAUGUGGGGUGGACAGAUUUGAUCAGUCACCCAGCAGAAGGAGAUUGGCAGAGGAUUGCACCACUCAGGGUCCUCAGCUUUGACAUCGAGUGUGCAGGAAGGAAAGGAAUCUUCCCAGAGGCAGAUAAAGAUCCUGUGAUUCAGAUUGCUUCUAUGGUGCAGCGUCAGGGUGAGAUGGAACCCUUCAUUCGCACUGUGUUCACCCUCCAGUCGUGCGCCGGCAUCGUGGGCUCUCAGAUAUUAUGCUUCACGCAGGAGAAACAGCUUCUGCAGAGCUGGGCAGAGUUUUUGAGGACGGUGGACCCAGACAUCAUCACUGGAUAUAACAUUCAAAACUUUGACUUUCCCUACCUGAUCAACAGAGCAGCUGCUUUAAAGGUGAAUCUGUUUCCAUACUUGGGCCGAGUGCGAGGGAUCAAGUCAGUCUUGCGAGACCUGAACAUCCAGAGCAAGCAGAUGGGCCGAAGAGAGAACAAGAUCAUAAAUAUGGAGGGCCGGGUUCAGUUUGAUUUGCUCCAGGUUCUCCUCCGGGACUAUAAACUGCGCUCAUACACGCUGAACGCUGUGAGUUUCCACUUCCUGCAAGAACAGAAGGAAGACGUGCAGCACUCCAUCAUCACUGAUCUGCAGAAUGGCAACGAACAGACUCGCAGACGUUUAGCUGUAUACUGCCUGAAGGAUGCCUACCUCCCACUGCGUCUGCUGCAGAAGCUGAUGUGUGUGAUUAACUAUAUGGAGAUGGCCAGAGUGACGGGCGUGCCUCUCACAUACCUGCUGUCAAGAGGACAGCAAAUCAAAGUGGUCUCCCAGUUGCUGCGACAGGCCAUGAAACAGGACCUGGUCAUGCCUGUUGUAAAGACAGAGGGUGGAGAGGACUACACAGGAGCAACCGUCAUUGAGCCAGAGAAAGGGUACUACAGUGUUCCCAUUGCCACCCUGGAUUUCUCGUCCUUGUAUCCAUCCAUCAUGAUGGCGCACAACCUGUGCUACACCACCCUACUGCAGAAGGGCUCAGCGGAGAAAUUAGGUCUUUCAUCAGAGGACUUCAUCAAAACUCCGACUGGGGAUCAGUUUGUGAAGAGUUCAGUGAGGAAAGGACUUCUACCCGAAAUCCUGGAGAACCUGCUGUCUGCCAGAAAGAGGGCUAAAACAGAGCUGAAGAAGGAAACUGACCCUUUCAAGCAGCAGGUGCUGGACGGCCGUCAGCUGGCCCUGAAAAUCAGUGCUAACUCUGUGUAUGGCUUCACCGGGGCCCAGGUGGGCAAGCUGCCCUGCCUGGAGAUCUCCCAAAGCGUCACAGGUUUUGGAAGGCAGAUGAUUGAACAAACCAAACAGCUGGUGGAGUCCAGGUACACCAUUGCCAAUGGUUACCAAGGUGACGCCAAGGUCAUCUAUGGGGACACAGACUCUGUCAUGGUGAAGCUUGGAGUAGCGACGGUAAAGGAGGCCAUGGAUGUCGGGAAGGAGGCCGCAGAGUGGGUGUCGUCACAUUUCACUCCACCUAUCAAACUGGAGUUUGAGAAGGUGUACUAUCCAUACCUACUGAUCAACAAGAAGCGCUACGCUGGCCUGUAUUUCUCCUCCAGUCAAGACACACACGACAAGAUGGACUGUAAAGGCAUCGAGACUGUCCGCCGAGACAACUGCCCUCUGGUGGCUAACCUUAUCGGCACCUGUCUGCAGAGAGUCCUCAUAGACAGGGAUCCCCAGGGUGCAGUGGCUCACGCCAAAGAAAUAAUCUCAGACCUUCUUUGCAAUCGCAUUGACAUCAGCCAGCUGGUCAUCACAAAGGAGCUAACGCGCACUGCCCAGGAGUACGCUGGCAAACAGGCACACGUGGAGCUGGCAGAGAGGAUGAGGAAGAGGGAUGCAGGCAGCGCCCCCAACCUGGGAGAUCGAGUUCCCUACGUCAUCAUCAAGGCUGCAAAGGGAGCAGCAGCUUACACCAAGUCAGAGGACCCGAUCUAUGUGCUGGAGAACAACAUUCCCAUUGACACUCAAUAUUAUCUGGAACAGCAACUGUCCAAGCCACUGCUGAGAAUAUUUGAGCCGAUCCUGGGAGAAAGCAAGGCAGAGAGCAUUCUGCUCAAGGGUGAUCACACGCGUUGCAAGACUGUACUGACCUCAAAAGUCGGGGGCCUCAUGGCAUUUGCUCAGAAGAGAAGCACCUGUAUCGGCUGCAAAGCUGUGCUGAAGACCGACACGGCGGUGUGUGACUUCUGUAAGAAAAAGGAGUCUGAACUGUACCAAAAGGAGAUCUUUCACUUGAACGCACUCGAAGAACGGUUUUCCCGUCUGUGGACUCAGUGUCAGCGUUGUCAGGGCUCCCUUCAUGAGGAUGUGCUCUGUACCAGCCGGGACUGUCCCAUUUUCUACAUGAGAAAGAAAGUUCAGAAAGAUUUGGAUGACCAGAGCAAGCUGGUGUCUCGUUUUGGGUGGUGAGAAAGAGGCGUAGAACUCUUUCCCUUUGUACCCCAUUGCUUUUCCUCCUCACUUUGUCUUUUGGUGCUUGUAAAAAUGCAAAUAUCACACUAUUUUUUAUAUUUUCUAAUGAAUAAGCUGGGUAGUAUCUUUUUGUAAAAUAAAUAAAUCACUCACUUGACUGCA